UUAUCUGGGAUUUGACAAAAGAUAAGUGACCAGAUAGGACGAUUUAUUUUCUGUACUGUCGGAUGCACAAGCGUCCUGGAACAGGUGUUGUUCGGUCACAGUUUACCCCUACAACAACCGGAGUUCGCGGUGAAUACGAAACUUGUCAAGCUUUGGAAGAUGGACGAAAACGCGGAAAAUAACGGAGACCAGGCCAAUAACAAGGCCGAGGAAACCGAGGAGAAUGAGGGGGAGUUGUCAGUUGACGAUCUAAGAGCUGAGCUGGAGAAAAUCGACAUAGAGGUGCCCGAAGUGGAAAUUUCAGAAGUGCACAUACAGCAGGAGGACGCAUAUGCAGAGUUCCCCAUGUCCUACAAGGAGAACACCAACAAGGAGAAGCUGAUCCUAGCCUAUGCAGAGAACUUCCGCAGACAGUAUGUCCACCUGUACCGGGACAGAAAACCACUCCUUCUCAACCCUGUCAAUGAGUGUGGCAUUGAGAAAUUUGUGAGCACCACCAUCCGGCCCACCCUGCUGCCCUUCCAGGAGCUGUACGGCUAUGACAACUGUGCUGAGUUUGUGGCAGACUAUCUGGAGUUCCAGGCACUGGACCCGCCAGUGGACUUGCCAAACCAGCUGGUCUCCCCAACCACAGCACUGAAGAGACAGAAGGGCAACAGUUUUGACUUUGCUACAUUGCUGUGCUCCAUGCUGUUGGGUGCUGGAUACGAUGCGUACUGUGUGAGUGGGUAUGCCACCCGUGAGAUCUGCCUGAUGGAUCAGACCAGGGAUAUCUGCCCACUGAUGAAGAAGAAAGGAGAGCUGAAGUCUGAGGAGAAGAAGAAAGAGGUGCGUAAGUACCAAGUCAAGCCUCCCAAGGACCUGCGCAGUAAGUUUGAUCUGAAGAUGCAGGCUAGGAGAGAGGCAGAGGAGGAGGCCAAAGCAGCAGAGAGGAGAAAGGAGGAGGAGGCACGGAUCAGUGAACUGGAGAAGCCAAAGCCUGAUGCCCUGCAUGGCCUGCGUAUCCACUGCUGGGUGCUGGUGUUAUCAGGCAAGAGGGAGGUGCCUGACAGCUUCUUCAUCGAGCCACUGACUGGCAACACUUACCCCACAGAAGAUGACAAGUUCCUGGGGAUUGAGUCAGUCUGGAACCACCAGAAUUACUGGGUCAACAUGCAGGACUGCUCAAAUGGAUGUAAGGACCUGAGUUUUGACCUGGGUGACUCGGCUAAGUGGGAGUACCUGCUCCACAGCUCAGAGAAGCCCAGUCUGGAGAUCCCUGAUGUGGAGGCUGAGUUGUACGAGGGCCUGGAUGAUGAUGAGGAGGAACAAGAAGACGAGAGACACCUUGAAAUGCCACCAUCUUGGGUUCAUCCCAUCCUUGUCACACCAAAAGAAUAUGAGACACGGUGUCCACUUGGCAAGAAGACCAUCCUGUACAAGAAGGCUCGGCUGGAGAAGUUUGCUCGGUACCUGCUGAAGGACGGCAUGAUCACCAAGUUGUCUGUUUAUGAUGACUACGAGUUGAGGAACCUUCUGUCAGUGAAGGAGUGGUUUGUGAACAGGCAGGACAAGCUAGAGCUGAGAGUUCAUAAUCAUCGCACUGGGCUUAUCACAGAAUACAUGCAGCAGGGCAGGCUGGAUUGCAUGAAAGAGCACACCUAUAAGUCUGGCAGCCCAGGUCCAGAGACAGAUCGCACCAUGGUGUUCUAUGACAAGGCUCGUGUGGAUGGACUUGUGAAGAGGGAGGAGACUCCCACAGAAAUGAUGGAACACUUCAAAGACAGGGACGACUUUCUGUACUACAGACAUGUGGUCUUCAGCAAGCGGAUGAAGAAGUUUGGGGCCUCAACAGAUGCGAACCAUAGACCAAUCUUGAAAAUCACUGAGAGAUUCCACAGGAACAAGGAAAAGAUUGCUGGUGAGGAUGUAUCGGAGUGCGUUUUCCAUAUUUCGGAAGACCGUAUCCAGCUGACGUUCCACUGUGAGGACAAAAGGGUGACUGCCUCCACUCGUGAGUUCAUCAAGCCUCCCAAUGCCAACGACAAGAGCCAGACUAUCACCAUGACUCCGGACAUGACUUCCACCUUCCAGGUUGACACAACAAAGAAGUCGCCUAAGAACCUGUACAUCUAUAACAUGCUGGUGUCCCUGGUGGAGGCAGAGGACCAGUCUGUACAGGCUAUCAGGGCUUCAGAGGAAGAGAUUAAGGAGUGCCUGCUUGAGCGCAUCAGAGAGGAAACAGUGUCCGAGCUCUCCAUCUCAGUUUACGACACAGAGAGGAAUGAGAAAGCCAAGCAACACAGGAAAGAACUGGAGCGUCAGCAGCUGGAGGAAAAGUUACGUCGCCAGGAGCAGGAGCUAGACUACCUGGCCCCCUUCCUGGCACAGAUGGGAGAUCCUGAGAAGAUCGCUCGACAACAGGCCUUCAAACUGAAGGAGGACUGCCUGGCUGACCUCAAACAGAGACUGAUCGACAAGGCUAACCUCAUCCAGAGCAGGUUUGAGAAGGAGACCCAGGAACUGCAGAAGAGGCAGCAGUGGUACCAGCAGAACCAAGUGUCCAUGACUAAGGAGGAUGAGGAGGAGUACCUGGCCUACUGCUCGGAGGCCAUGUUCAGGAUCCACAUACUGGAACUCAGGCUUAACAGACACAAGGAGAUGGCCCCCCAUAAGUACAUGGCCCUGGAACAGAAGAUCCGCACAGAUGGUCGACUGUCUGAUUACUUUUGAACUGCACAGAUUGCAUAACAUCUAUGAUGCACUUCCUCCAGAGAAUGCCACUUGCAAUUUCAAGAUAUGUGAUAUUAUGUUGGCAAAAAAAAUACUGCAACUAUUUUUUAGUAUCACUUGGUCUUUCUGUCUUCGUAAAAGUUACUGUAUCAAUGAUAGAAUGGUGAAAUAUACUACUAUAUGUUGAGGACAUGAGUGUAUAGAAUUUAUGU